AUGGCAGUUGAGAGUGGCAGUUUUCUAAGAAAAUGGGUCUCGUUGGCGAAUGAGACUAGGUUUCCGGCGGUGAGUCACCCAAUUUCCCAUCGGAGGCGGAUCGAUAUCCAUUACAAUACAGGUAAGAGCAAUUCUAGUAGGUCUGGGAAACUGAAAGUUUUGGCACUGGACCGUAACAACAACAACAACGAUGAUAAUAGCAGUAAGAAGUCAUCAUCAUCGUCGUCAUCGUUGCCAAAUUCGAAUUACGUGGUGCCGCUGGACAAGUCGUCUACUUCCUCGUGCAUCACUCGCCCCCUCGCCGAGAUCCUGCGAGACCUCAACAAGAGGAUCCCCGGCAACAUCAUCAAAUCACCUCAUGAUCAUCAUUCCACCUUCAUUUCCUGUUCGAUGGUUGAUCUGAAGGAAAUAUUUGUUGAUCUGAUGGUGUGUAGGUACCAUGCCAACCGCAUGUUGAGUUUCUAUGCCCCAGGGUGGUGUGGAGAAAUUCGCGAUGUUAUUUUCUCUGACAAUGGAAGUGUGACUGUGGUAUAUCGCGUCACAAUAAGAGGUUCUGAUGGAGAGGCACACCGUGAAUCGACUGGGACUGUAUCAUCUGGAAAUGACGAUAUUGUAGAUCCUGUUGCUGCUGCAGAGGAAAUAGCUUUUUGCCGGGCAUGUGCUCGUUUCGGCCUUGGCUUAUAUCUGUAUCAUGAAGAAUAG